AUUAUUGUCAUGAUCGUAAAUAAUCCAUUCCCGCGCAUGGGAAAGUGCGUAUUGAGUAAUCUUUACAUCCAGUAAAGAUAAAACUAAGCUGCUCCAAGAAGAUUCAGAUGAAGUUGAGCUGAAAAUUAACAUUUGUUGACACAUCAGAAUAGAAACGUAUGAAAAUACUUGGAUUAGUUACAAAAUUUCAUAAAAAUGGCAUCAAGAUUCAGUGGAGCAUUACAAAUUACAAAUUUGGAUGACUUUAUCACUCCAUCACAGGAGUGUAUUAAGCCAAUAGAAAUGAAACCAAGUGGGAGUAGAACUGGUUCCAAAAUAAAGAUACAAUCUGACAAUGCAUAUUCAGCGAUCAAUGAAAUCCAACAGCCUGAAAAAUUGCAAAAGGUUGAGAUCACACUUGCAGACUGUUUAGCUUGCAGUGGUUGCAUUACAUCUGCUGAGAGUGUACUAGUUACUCAGCAAAGUCGAGAAGAACUACUUAGAGUAUUUCAGGAGAAGGUAGCCCAGCAGAACAUUGAAAAUACAGAUUCAAAAUAUAUAGUGGUAAGCUUAUCAGUACAACCUAUAUUAUCACUGGCACAACGUUAUGAACUCACACCAGAACAGGCUCUUCGUAGACUGGCAGGCUUUUUUUAUCAAUUGGGAGCUGAUUCUGUAUUAGAUAUGACUAUGGCCGACGAUUUUGCUUUAUUAGAAGCAGCCAAAGAAUUUAUUGAGCGUUACAAAGCCAGUAAAGAAGGAGCAAAGAAUCAAUUACCAAUGUUAUCCUCUUCCUGUCCAGGUUGGGUAUGUUAUGCUGAGAAAACUCAUGGAAAUUUCAUAUUGCCACACAUAAGCAUCACAAAAUCACCUCAACAAAUUAUGGGAUCGUUAGUAAAGUAUCGUUUAGCCGAAAUUAUGGGCCUUUCAUCAGAGCAAAUAUAUCACGUGACUGUAAUGCCGUGUUAUGAUAAAAAAUUGGAAGCUUCUAGAGAAGACUUUUAUAAUCAACAGAAGGAAACUAGAGACGUAGAUUGCGUCAUAACAUCAAUUGAAUUAGAACAGAUGCUCAAUGAAUACGAUUUAAUGUUAAGUGAGGCAGACGAAGGUGAAAUCGAACAACCUUUCGGUUCUUAUAGCGAAGAAAUUGAUAAUAAGUUAUGGGGUCACAGAGGAUCAGGAUCAGGCGGCUAUGCGGAUUUCAUUUUUCGUUAUGCAGCAAAGCAUCUUUUUGAUGAAGAGAAUGUCACGGUGGAUUUCAAAACUCUUAGAAAUCCCGACUUCCAAGAAGCAGAGUUGAAAAAAAAUAAUGAAGUGUUACUGAAAUUUGCUAUUAUUAAUGGAUUCAGAAAUAUACAAAACAUAGUUCAGAAAAUGAAAAGAGGCAAAUGUGCUUAUGACUAUGUAGAAAUUAUGGCAUGCCCAUGUGGUUGCUUAAACGGCGGAGCACAAAUAAGACCCGAAGGGAACGUUCAACCUCGAGAACUUGCAUUGACAUUAGAAAAUAUGUACCAUAAGCUUCCAACGAGUAAUCCCGAGGAAAAUAAAGUGGCACAGAAUUUGUAUAAAACUUGGCUAGGAGGAGAACACACGGACAAAGUUGGUGCGUAUUUCAGUACACAGUAUCAUGAAAUACAAAAAAUGAAUACAGCACUUGCAAUAAAAUGGUAA